UCGUGUCUAUGUGCGUAGUUUCUAGUUGUUUAAGCCAAAAUUACAACACGAAAUAAUUAAUUAAAAUGUUUAUUACAUGAAAAGUGUGUAUACAUUUGUAAACUGAGUGGAAGCGUACUAGUGAGCUGUCUGAUAUACCUGCCAUAUUUGCAGAUUAAAAAGGUGAAUAAUGGAGGUUGCUGGACGAAAAUUAGACAAUGCCUCAGCGGAGUUUGUUUUACACUGUCAACCGUGCCUGGAGGACGGACGAGAGAUCAGCGCCAAUGGUUUCUGCAAAAUUUGCAAGGAGUUUAUGUGUGAUCCUUGUAUAGCUGCCCACAAGAGGUUCGCCAUUUCAAGAAAUCAUGUAUUCCUAACGAAAGAUAAAAUGCCUUCUUUUUAUAUGAACAAAGACAAAGCUGAUUUUCUGCCUACCGAACCUUGUCAUGAACACACUAGUGAAAUGAUAAAGUUUUAUUGUCCAACCCAUGAUGACCUUGGAUGCUCAGACUGCGUUGUGUUACAUCACCGAAAUUGUAAGGUUGAGUAUUUGUCAGAGACAGCAAAGCAAUACAAAGAGUCCGAGGAGUAUGAAACACUAAACGAAAACAUUGUACACAUGGAAACUGUGAUUUCCGCUUUAAACAACAAAGUAAAAGAUUCCGAGGCGUUCGUAUCAGAAAACACAAAAGAAGAAAUACAGAAACUAAGGACAUUUAGGGCACAAAUUAAUCUUGUUCUGGAUACAAGAGAAAAUAUGUUGCUGAAAAGUAUGAAAGAAAAUGAGAUCAAACAAAAAGAGAUACUUUCAAAAUUGAGAGAUGGAAUAAAAGGCUUAAAACAGACUCUAGCAGAAACGACAACAGACAUGCAAACGACAGAAAAACAGUUACACCAGCAUUUCAUUCAUGCGAAAAUGGCCCGAAUUAGAGAUAACUUUAAAAUACUAGUAAUCCAAAUAGUACAGUCGAACCCCGACUCAUUCUCGCGGUCGACGUCACGAAUAACAUCAGAGACAGCCAUCGAUCUAUCUACUGUGGAAUGGACCAAAGAUGCCGAGCUGGACGUUUCCUGCACAGAAGACCCAAACGAUUCCUGGAUAACAAGUUCCGCUCUUGUGGAACCAGGAAAAUGUCUUUUGGCCGACAAUUUAAAUACAUGCGUAACACUUGUAGAUAUCAACGUCAACAAGGUCUUGUCACGCAGUGAACUGAUUGGAUACCCUUGGCAGGUGUGUGCCAUCCCUAGCGGCCACGCAGCUGUUGCUCUUCCAGAUGAAAACAAACGGAAGUUUGCUAAACACAUAUAA